CGUGGUUUCAGAUUGAUAGCAAACAGGGAUUACCCGAGAUACAAACCUUGUGCUUGCCCAUUUUUCUCAUUCCAUUUUACGUAAUUGGAAGUUUUACUUGAAAAAAAAAACGAGACGGACCAAUGGAUAAAAAGGAUUCUCAUUGAUACAGGAUAGCAGUGAUGGGCUAAAAGUAGUCGAAAGAUUUUUGCAAGACAACCAUCUGAACCUGACCGACUUUACUGAAGAAUAUUUGACUCCAAAUGUUUUGACGGAUGCAUUGAAACCUGGCGGGAUGGAGAACCAAAUCAAGAGGCCUUAUGUGCCCGAGGCCACCGUACGACUAUUGAUCAAUUACAAUAAGAACCAGAAGACUGUGCUGAGAGUGAACCCGCAGUUGCCCCUUGAGACGCUCCUUCCGUUGGUGUGCGACAAGUGCGACUUGAGACUUGAGACAACUGUCCUUCUGAGGGACCGUCAGUCCAAAGAGUCGCUGGACAUUGCCAAGACUUUAAAUGAGUAUGGACUAAGGGAGGUGUUCGCUCGGGACACCGCUGACAAAAAUCCCUUGCCCAAUCAUUAUCAGGCCUGUACAUAUGAAGGAGUCACUCGCGGUGCUGUUCAUCAUAUGGAUCUGUCCGCGGAGAAAAGGAACCAGAAGGAGAACAGAGUGUUUCUCAGCUUGUGCAGAAGGCUGAAGAAAAAAGCAGAAAUUAAAGAAAUGAUGAAAGUGAAUUCUUCUUCUGGUGUUUCCAAACAAAAGUCUGCUGAUGUGAAGCAGCAGGAUAUUUCUUAUUCAAACACCCUGGCGGGACUUCCACGCCAAAAGAGACGAGCUCCACUUCCCCCCAUGGGUGUGUCCCGCAGUGUUCCCAACAACCUGAGCAAUUUCAGCGGCUCGCAGGUCUGCGAGAUCAACUGCAUCGGACGUAAGGAGGGCCAAAAGGAAGGCUCCGCCUCCUCCCUGUGGCAACAAGCUGCAGGAAGUGCAAUCAGACAUUGCCGCUAAAGAUUCCGCUGAAAAGAAUUGAACAUAAAGCCGGUGUGUUUUCGACUGACAAACAUCAUUCUUGAAGACGACUACAUCUCUUGUGACGAUCAGCAGCGAAUGGCAUCUCUCAUCAUUCUUGCUAGCAUCAAAGUGAUGCUAGCAA